AUAACAACACUGAAUAACAAUGUUCAAUGUUCUUGUGAUACGCUUGGCCUUGCUGUUGCCUUUUCUGCUUGAAACAGCUCAUGGACAUUAUGGAUUUGUCCAGUUUACCUGCCAUAUGCUUGGUUCUCUACAAAAUGUAGAGGUUACAUACUCUAUCUAUUUUGACACAACCGAAUUGCUGAGAUUCAACAGUACAGAGAAUAAAGCCGUUGCUUACACUGAAUAUGCAAUGAAAUGGGCAAAUGAUUUAAAUAAACAGCCUAAAUGGCUACACGAACAAGUAGAGAAAAAUAUUGCAGACUGCAAGCUCUUUGGGGAGACAUAUUUCCCUCUUGUAGCAAAAACAGUAAAACCAGAAGUCUUUGUGCGGUCAUUAAGGGAGGCCAGUGGUAAAAGGCCAGCACUGUUGAGCUGCAGUGCCUAUAACUUUUACCCCAAGCACAUCAAACUGACGUGGAUGAGAGAUGAUAAAGUGGUUACAGCUGAUGUGAUGUCCACUAAGGUGAUGGCUGACGGAGACUGGUACUACCAAAUUCACUCUCACCUAGAAUAUUUUCCUCAACCUGGGGAGAAGAUCUCCUGUGUGGUGGAACACGCGAGCUCCCAUAAACCCAUGAUCUAUUACUGGGAUUCAUUUUUGACAGAGUCAAACAAGAAUAAGAUAAUAACUGGGGCUGCAGGAAUAGUUCUGGGGGCCAUAAUGGCUGCCGGAGGACUGAUCUACUAUAAAAGAAAACACACAGUGAAAUCCCAUGUUCAUGUCCUUAUUUACUAGUAGGCAACACAUCAGCUGGAAGUCAAUACAUCGGAUGCUCUGAACCUCUGCAGACCCUCAGCGAGUAAAUGAAGAUGUGCAGUGGAUAAGCACAGACUGUGUACCUGCAUGUGAAAAACACUAAUCCUCUCUGUAAGAUCUGUAAAGACCUUUAAGAUCUCAACUGCAACUUUUAUUGAUUGAUUGAUUGAAAAAUCAGUCAAUUUUAUUGAUCUUUUAUUGAAAAAGAGACUUUCUCCUCUGGUUAGUUUUACAAUCACAUUUGAUCAUCACACAUUAUCUUUCAUAAGGAUUUAGUCUAAAUAAUCUUUGUUUUAUGUAUGACGAUUCAUAAUAUCUCUAUCUAAUAUGGUAUAUGUGCUCAUAGACAUCUCCGUAAGGAUAAACUGACAGAUCAGUUAUCUCAACAGGAUGUCUAUAUUAUGAAGAUAAAGCACAGUGGCUCUAUUAUUGUACGAUGUACCACCAAAAAUGUUUUAUUUACUAAUUUUUAAAUGAACAAUGAAAUAAAUGAAAUAAAUUCA